AUGAGGUCUUGGGAAGUUUUCGACGGAAAUAUCAGCGCCAAUGCUAAGUCUAGAAACAAUACUACGUCAUCAGUCAUGGGUCUUACAAUCGGAGAGUUCUUCGUUUCUCUCCUGACCGGCACCCGCAACGGCGAAUUCUCCAUCUACGUGGUCCUCCUCUGCUACUUCUGGGGUAUCUGGGGGAUAAAGUUUAUCCUGAGCUAUCUUGUUUAUUUCCCCGUCAUCGGGUGGGCCGGUGAUCACAGUGUUUCUGUCAUCGUCCCUACCUACAAGGAGGACCAGGAAACAUUGCAGAAAGCGGUGGAGCGCAUCCUGCACAAGUCCAACACGACGGUGAAGGAAGUCAUCAUCGUCACGGACGUGAGAGAGGCGAACACCAUGAACAAGUGGUCUAGGGAGGAGUGGGCGAACAAUCCUCGUGUCCAUGUCGUGACCUCUGACAUCGGUAAGAGGAAGGCCGUCCGUCUGGGUAUAGAGUCGGCAAAGGAGGACAUCCUUGUGAUCAUCGAGUCGGACACUUUCGCAGAGCCCGGGUCUAUCGAUGAACUCGUCAAGCCUAUCGCCCUGAACGAGACUGUCGGGGGGUCGGUAGGUGACCAGCUGAUCUACGACCACACCGCGAACAGCAUCAACUACUUCAACCACCUGGUGGAGCUGAUCAAGUACCGUUUCACUAUACCGGCCCUGAGCGUCUUCAACAGCGUGACCGUGCUAGGGGGCCGGUGCGUGGCCUUCCGUAAGUGCGCCAUUGCUCCCCUCAUGGAUUCCCUCGAGAACGAAACCUUUCUAGGGAAAAAAUGCGUGAGCGGAGACGACGGGCGUGUCACGAGCCUCCUUCUGGCCACGGGCUGGAACUGCGUCUACCAGCGGACGGCCGUCUUUCUUACCAUAUCUCCCCCGACCCUGAAGAUCUUCAUGAAACAGAGGAUGAGGUGGGCCCGUAACUCGUGCCGGCGUACCAUCCGAGCCAUAUUCGUGGUACCCGAGAAAGAUCUGGACGUUCCUUACAGCAGGUUCUGGGCUUACAAGAGACCGGCGGCCCUCCUUCAGGUCCUGACGGUGUGGGUAAACACCGCGGUCAUGACCGCCGUUGUCGGGCUCACCCUGUACAGCCUCGUCACUGGGAAGUGGUUUUGGACAGGAAAAGGUGGUACAGAGGUAACUAUUCGUGUCGUCCUGUUGCUCUUUGUUGGGAUGGCCCUCCGUCGCCUCAUCCGGAUAUUCCCCGCGGUGCGAGAAACCCCGUGCAAGUACUUCGGAUGGCUUUUACUUUUCCCCUGGUACCUGUUCCUCAUGUGGGGGGUAAGGAUGUAUUCCAUCGUCACCAUGAACAAGCAGGGCUGGGUGACUCGUGUCGGAACGGGCGCGGGUGGCUUCGGAACAGUGGGUGAGGGUGAAGAAUCAAAAGCAGUGGGUGAGGAUGAAGAGUCAGGAGGGGAGAUCCACAAGAAGGCCGACAUGGGUUCCCCGACGGACUGA